CAUUAUUUUUGUAUUUGCCGAUAGUCGCAUAAUAGAGUAUUUGGUAUUUUCUCUUCGUUAUUUGUUACCUUCUCGCGAAUUGCCUGUAAAUUUAAGAAGUUGAAGGAGUUCAUAUAGAGGUUUAAAUUGUUCCUUCAUUCUACAGUCAAUUUUACAGUUCAUUGCAGAGUUCUAUUAGGAUGUUAAAUUUGGUUGUAUGGUUAUGUGUCAUAUCAAUAUUGGGAACUUCCAAAAGUUAUAUCACUGAAACUAAUGACCUUAUGGUUUAUUAUGGAGGUGGUCCUCAUUCAAAUAGCAUAUAUUAUAACCAGUGUGCACCUGAAGUGACCUGCGAUCGAAAUGCUAUUUAUAGGACAAUAAAUGGCGAAUGUAAUAACUUACAGAACCCGUUGUUGGGGAGUUCGGAUACUCCAUACAUCAGAAUACUUGAAGCUGCUUAUAAUGACGGUGAUCACGAAGUUCGAAGACAGAUGGAUGGAUCAAUGUUGCCAGGACCACGAAAAAUUCAGUUGUUAUUAUUUUUGGAAAAAUCCCGUGAUUUUCUAGACUCCAACAAUUAUCAUUUUAGUCAAUUUGGUCAAUGGCUCGCUCACGAUAUGAGUCUCCUGUCAUCUGAUAUUGGUGGGCCAAAAAAAUGUUGUGAUAUUCCAAUUGAAGAGAUAAACAAUAAUACUCCAUACCAAUGUCAAUUAGUUAUUGAGGUACCAACGAAUGACCCAGUUCAUGGUCGUAAUGGACAAACAUGUAUGGAAUUUAGACGUGCAAUGACUGCUGCCCAUAAUUUUAGCUGUCCCGUAAUUCCUCAAACCCCAAUGAAUCGAGCGACAUCGUUCAUUGACUCAUCUCAAUUGUACGGGCCCAAAUUAGCUACGGCGAAUUCGAUUAGAACAUUUGUCGGUGGGAGAUUGAUAACAGAUAUUAUAGAUGAAAAUGAGUUUUGUCCUCUAAAGAAAAGAAACGGUUCAUUAUUAUGCAAUAGUCGCGAUAACGUGGGCAUUUGUUUUGAAGGCGGAGACCCAAGAAUAAAUCAACACUUUGGGAUUACAUCAUACACUAUUAUGUUUACCCGGUUUCAUAAUAUUGUGACUGAGAUGUUAGAACAAAUAAAUCCUCAUUGGUGUGAUGAAGUGUUGUAUCAAGAAACUCGAAAGAUUGUUGGUGCACUAAACCAGAUAAUUGCUUAUCAACGUUAUUUGCCUAUUUUACUUGGUAAAUCAUAUGCAAAACGCUAUGGUUUAUAUCUUAGUGAAUUUAAAAAGACAAAAUAUAAUCCAUUACUCAUACCGCAAUUGUCCAUGGAAUUUGCAGGAGGUGCUUUCCGAUUGCCACAUAAUGUAGUGGCUUCGUUAUACAAUUAUGUAGGCAAAAAUUAUGAGGUAUUAGAUUCAGCAAGACUUAACGAAUUUAUGACAUUUUCUGAUCCCUUAGUAAAGUGCUCAAAUCUUGAUAAUAUAGUCAGAGGAAUGACGGUAACACCAGGUCGAUAUUUUGCUCCAUCGUAUAACUAUCUAAUAUCAAAUUUCAUGUUCCAUGGUCAAAACGUUGGCGAUCAAGAUUUGCUCGCAGUGGACAUUCAAAGAGGGCGUGAUGUGGGCUUACAGUCUUAUACGAAGAUAAGAGAAUGGUGUGGUUUACCGCCAAUCGAUUCGUUUGAAGAUUUAUUAAAUUUCUUACCGUUUGACGACGUCGAAACACUGAGAGAACUGUACGCGACUGUCCACGACAUUGAUCUACUCGUGGGAGCUUUACUUGAAUCACCAGUCGAUGGUGGAACGGUCGGUCCAACUGCACAGUGCAUCUUAGCUGAUGUAUUUUAUCGUACUCGCUUUGGUGAUCGUUUCUUUUGUGAUGUAAAAGGUCAACCGGGAAGUUUUUCACAAGAACAAUUGGACACUUUGAGAAACCUCGACCUGGGUCAUGUAAUAUGUGCUACAACUGAAAUGGAUGAAGUGCCAUUUGAUAUUUUUGAUCCAACAAUGUAUUCACAAAUGGUGAAAUGCCAAGAUAUUUUAGUGGAGUUGGAUCUUAGUGCUUGGAAAGAAUUUCCAUAGUUCGACGAAUAUAUCAAUUCAAAAUUAACCAUAAUAAUAGUACAUGCGAGACAUAAAUUGUAUACGAAUCAGCUGUAAUUUUAAAUUUAAAAUUAUAAAUAAAUGCAAUAAAUACUUAAAA